GCCGAGUCCCACUCCAGCCUGGAGCAGCACUCAGUGCCGUCCAGGCUGAAAGCAUCGGAGCUAUUUCAGACACAUUAAAAGGGUCACAGUCAAUACCUCAGCUGGUAGAAGAAGGUACCUCUUUCAGCAUCAAAAGGAGGGAUAAGCCUCUGUCGUAAAAAUGUCAAAACAACCAGCAUCACAUGUCAAAGCCAUUCAGGCUAACAUUAACAUCCCAAUGGGAGCAUUUCGACCUGGUGCAGGCCACCCUCAUAAAAGAAAAGAAUUUACACCUGAGGAAGUGGAGGAGAAUGUUCCUGCUUCAACAGAGGAGGAGAAAGAGAAGAAAGUGCUUGCAGGAGCUAAGAAACUUCCAGGUCCUGCUGUCAACCUGUCAGAGAUCCAGAACAUAAAGAGUGAGCUGAAAUAUGUCCCCAAAGCUGAACAGUAGCUGGAAGAAGCAGGUCUGACAAGUGAAACUGAAUGGAUUCCAAUGAGUGGAGAAAAUGUCAAAUAUUUUAUAUAUUUGUAUGAAGACUAUGAACUUCCCAGCUCUUCAAUACCCCAUAGGAAGUAUCUUCUUUGUACAUUUAUAUCAAUGCUUUCUUCUUGUCCAUUUUGUUUAACAUAGGAAAGUAGUGCUGAAAUAAAACAAAACAAAAUAACUAGCAAUGGAUAUAUGUAUGUGCAGAAAUGAUUUUGACCUGAGAGCAGGGAGUAGUGUAAUUUGAAGUUUGAGCAAAAGUAGAAAAAACUUUUAAAAAUUACAUCAUUAUUUUCAAUUAAUUUGGUUUCUGUAUUUUUGAAAAAUAUCAAUGUGUACAAAAGAGUUUUUAAAUGACCUCUCAAAAUGCAGAAUAAAUGAGGAAUGUAACAUCUUUUGUCCUGUUGUGAGUUCCUAGUUACAGAAGAGAAAUCAUGUAUCAUGUGUAAUAAAGGAAAUGAAAAUACUAAAAGCAAUGUUUUUCUGGUGAGCUGAGCUAUAUUCUUCUUUUGUUGUAGAGACAAAUGUUUCUUUUCCUCCAGAAUCUAAAAUGCACUGCUGUUUUGAUACUUAUGCAUCACCUUUAUACAAUGAAUAUACAAGAUGUGAGGUAGCUGACAGAAACCUGCAACCUUUAUGCAAAUAAACAGUAAUCUAACCUUGAUGGAACAUAUUCAUGAAUAUAGCUUGAAGGAUCAUUAUCUUCAAAAGCUCAAAUCAAAAGGGGACACUGGAAUAUGGAUGCUGGGCAAAAGUAAUGUGUGAUCACAGCACCUCUUACAUGGAGUGAUUAAUCCUUGAUGCUUGUGUUGUAUGGACUGUACAUAAAAGACUGUUUGAUGCAUAUUCUAUUUUUGGAAAUGAGAUCUCAUUGUUAGAGAAAUUUAGUAUACUGUGUCUCCUUGGUCUCUUUUAUGUUACUUACUGUAAAGGAUAUGAGGAGCUGUUUUUAAUAAUAUUCUUCUAAUGUUGAUUUAAACUCUUCUACAUACUCUGAAACUCUCUGCCUGGCUCUUGUUUAUUCAAAUAAAAUAAAGAUAAUUAUUCUGGUUAGAAAACAGAUUUCAAAAUGAAUAUUACUUACAAUGACAUCCAUUUAAUUCUUGGUUGCUCUAUCAGAUAAUGCAAGAACUAACUGAAAUUAUUUUUGUAUUUUAAGUGUCCAUAUAUUUGC